CCCUUUGGCUCUUUAUGCGUACGCACGUUGCGUUGGUCGGAACAGCAGCAAACACACACAGACAUCAUGGCGGACGUACUGGACCUUCAUGAAGCGGGAGGCGAGGACUUUCCUAUGGAUGAGGAUGGUGAUGAAAGCAUCCAUAAGUUGAAGGAGAAAGCCAAGAAGAGGAAAGGACGCGGCUUUGGCUCAGAGGAAGGAGCCAGGUCCAGAAUCAAAGAGGACUAUGAUACUGUGGAACAGGACGGCGAUGAGCCAGGUCCUCAGAGAUCGGUGGAGGGCUGGAUCCUGUUUGUGACAGGUGUACAUGAAGAGGCCACAGAGGAAGACAUCCAUGACAAGUUUUCUGAGUUUGGAGAAAUCAAGAACCUGCAUCUUAACCUUGACCGCAGAACAGGCUACCUCAAGGGAUAUGCACUGGUGGAGUAUGAGACAUACAAAGAGGCCCAGGCAGCCAUGGAAGGGCUCAACGGUCAGGACAUGAUGGGCCAGCCUAUCAGUGUUGACUGGGGGUUUGUCAGAGGGCCCCCCAAGAACAAGAGGAGGACUGGUGGACGGAGACGCAGCAGAAGUCCGGACAGGAGGCGGCGUUGAGUUUGGCAGUAGUCAUUGGCCAGAAGAGUUGUCUGUCACUUUGACAGGCAGUUUAUAAUCCUCUCCAUAAGAACCUAAUUUCAGAGUUUUUGUACAAUAUUUUGGUGUAACAGUUGUUUAUGGCAUUUAGUUGCGUAACUUCAAAAUUGAGAUAUGGAAAACAAAAUCAUAAAUUGGCCUAACAGCAGCAUUUUCUCUUUCUUGUGAAUUGCUUAUUAAGCUGCUGUACAAUGCAACAGAAGAAUAUCAGUUCAGCUGUGUCAGUAAAACUAGAUUUUUACUUUCAACACCAACUUGUAGUACAUGUAUAUUCCCUCAAAAAUGGUAUUCAGUUUGCUCAAUGUUCUGUGCAUUUUUAUUGUGCUGCAGUGUUUUUGUUUUAUAUAACUUGGGGAAAAUUAAACUUUUUAAAAGGUAA